AUGGACUGUGCCAACAACCAGGCUGUAGUGUCGUGGUUGGCCAGCCAGGGAGCGACGUGGUACUCUGCGUCAGCGUACAGCAGCAAGGGCAACUCCACCUGUCAGAGAAGCUCCGCCCUCACCUGCACCCUCGCCAACAUCACCUGCGGCGCCAACUACAGCGUGCAGGUGGUCGCCGGGGACAACAAAAACUGCUCCAGCUUGCCCAGUCAGGCAGCGACGUUCAACUCAGGACCAUGCUCACCCACUAAUGUCAUCGCCUCCCUGGACUGCAUGUCCAACAUCGCCACGGUAACCUGGCAGGACACCAAUGGGGCGGAAUACUACACCGCCACCAUGACGACAGGCAGCAACCAAUCGUAUCCCUGCAUGUCUCCCUCCAGCCAAUGCAGCUUUCCCGACUUGGCAUGUGGGCUGCUCUACUCCGUGUCUGUCUCCGCCUCCAACUCCCAGUGCAACUCCAGCACCACCGUGGGCGCCAGCCUCCAGUCAGGUCCAUGCAUUCCUACGGGCGUUUCCGUGGUGAUGGACUGUGCCAACAACCAGGCUGUAGUGUCGUGGUUGGCCAGCCAGGGAGCGACGUGGUACUCUGCGUCAGCGUACAGCAGCAAGGGCAACUCCACCUGUCAGAGAAGCUCCGCCCUCACCUGCACCCUCGCCAACAUCACCUGCGGCGCCAACUACAGCGUGCAGGUGGUCGCCGGGGACAACAAAAACUGCUCCAGCUUGCCCAGUCAGGCAGCGACGUUCAACUCAGGACCAUGCUCACCCACUAAUGUCAUCGCCUCCCUGGACUGCAUGUCCAACAUCGCCACGGUAACCUGGCAGGACACCAAUGGGGCGGAAUACUACACCGCCACCAUGACGACAGGCAGCAACCAAUCGUAUCCCUGCAUGUCUCCCUCCAGCCGAUGCAGCUUUCCCGACUUGGCAUGUGGGCUGCUCUACUCCGUGUCUGUCUCCGCCUCCAACUCCCAGUGCAACUCCAGCACCACCGUGGGCGCCAGCCUCCAGUCAGUUCCAUGCAUUCCUACGGGCGUUUCCGUGGUGAUGGACUGUGCCAACAACCAGGCUGUAGUGUCGUGGUUGGCCAGCCAGGGAGCGACGUGGUACUCUGCGUCAGCGUACAGCAGCAAGGGCAACUCCACCUGUCAGAGAAGCUCCGCCCUCACCUGCACCCUCGCCAACAUCACCUGCGGCGCCAACUACAGCGUGCAGGUGGUCGCCGGGGACAACAAAAACUGCUCCAGCUUGCCCAGUCAGGCAGCGACGUUCAACUCAGGACCAUGCUCACCCACUAAUGUCAUCGCCUCCCUGGACUGCAUGUCCAACAUCGCCACGGUAACCUGGCAGGACACCAAUGGGGCGGAAUACUACACCGCCACCAUGACGACAGGCAGCAACCAAUCGUAUCCCUGCAUGUCUCCCUCCAGCCGAUGCAGCUUUCCCGACUUGGCAUGUGGGCUGCUCUACUCCGUGUCUGUCUCCGCCUCCAACUCCCAGUGCAACUCCAGCACCACCGUGGGCGCCAGCCUCCAGUCAGUUCCAUGCAUUCCUACGGGCGUUUCCGUGGUGAUGGACUGUGCCAACAACCAGGCUGUAGUGUCGUGGUUGGCCAGCCAGGGAGCGACGUGGUACUCUGCGUCAGCGUACAGCAGCAAGGGCAACUCCACCUGUCAGAGAAGCUCCGCCCUCACCUGCACCCUCGCCAACAUCACCUGCGGCGCCAACUACAGCGUGCAGGUGGUCGCCGGGGACAACAAAAACUGCUCCAGCUUGCCCAGUCAGGCAGCGACGUUCAACUCAGGACCAUGCUCACCCACUAAUGUCAUCGCCUCCCUGGACUGCAUGUCCAACAUCGCCACGGUAACCUGGCAGGACACCAAUGGGGCGGAAUACUACACCGCCACCAUGACGACAGGCAGCAACCAAUCGUAUCCCUGCAUGUCUCCCUCCAGCCGAUGCAGCUUUCCCGACUUGGCAUGUGGGCUGCUCUACUCCGUGUCUGUCUCCGCCUCCAACUCCCAGUGCAACUCCAGCACCACCGUGGGCGCCAGCCUCCAGUCAGUUCCAUGCAUUCCUACGGGCGUUUCCGUGGUGAUGGACUGUGCCAACAACCAGGCUGUAGUGUCGUGGUUGGCCAGCCAGGGAGCGACGUGGUACUCUGCGUCAGCGUACAGCAGCAAGGGCAACUCCACCUGUCAGAGAAGCUCCGCCCUCACCUGCACCCUCGCCAACAUCACCUGCGGCGCCAACUACAGCGUGCAGGUGGUCGCCGGGGACAACAAAAACUGCUCCAGCUUGCCCAGUCAGGCAGCGACGUUCAACUCAGGACCAUGCUCACCCACUAAUGUCAUCGCCUCCCUGGACUGCAUGUCCAACAUCGCCACGGUAACCUGGCAGGACACCAAUGGGGCGGAAUACUACACCGCCACCAUGACGACAGGCAGCAACCAAUCGUAUCCCUGCAUGUCUCCCUCCAGCCAAUGCAGCUUUCCCGACUUGGCAUGUGGGCUGCUCUACUCCGUGUCUGUCUCCGCCUCCAACUCCCAGUGCAACUCCAGCACCACCGUGGGCGCCAGCCUCCAGUCAGUUCCAUGCAUUCCUACGGGCGUUUCCGUGGUGAUGGACUGUGCCAACAACCAGGCUGUAGUGUCGUGGUUGGCCAGCCAGGGAGCGACGUGGUACUCUGCGUCAGCGUACAGCAGCAAGGGCAACUCCACCUGUCAGAGAAGCUCCGCCCUCACCUGCACCCUCGCCAACAUCACCUGCGGCGCCAACUACAGCGUGCAGGUGGUCGCCGGGGACAACAAAAACUGCUCCAGCUUGCCCAGUCAGGCAGCGACGUUCAACUCAGGACCAUGCUCACCCACUAAUGUCAUCGCCUCCCUGGACUGCAUGUCCAACAUCGCCACGGUAACCUGGCAGGACACCAAUGGGGCGGAAUACUACACCGCCACCAUGACGACAGGCAGCAACCAAUCGUAUCCCUGCAUGUCUCCCUCCAGCCGAUGCAGCUUUCCCGACUUGGCAUGUGGGCUGCUCUACUCCGUGUCUGUCUCCGCCUCCAACUCCCAGUGCAACUCCAGCACCACCGUGGGCGCCAGCCUCCAGUCAGUUCCAUGCAUUCCUACGGGCGUUUCCGUGGUGAUGGACUGUGCCAACAACCAGGCUGUAGUGUCGUGGUUGGCCAGCCAGGGAGCGACGUGGUACUCUGCGUCAGCGUACAGCAGCAAGGGCAACUCCACCUGUCAGAGAAGCUCCGCCCUCACCUGCACCCUCGCCAACAUCACCUGCGGCGCCAACUACAGCGUGCAGGUGGUCGCCGGGGACAACAAAAACUGCUCCAGCUUGCCCAGUCAGGCAGCGACGUUCAACUCAGGACCAUGCUCACCCACUAAUGUCAUCGCCUCCCUGGACUGCAUGUCCAACAUCGCCACGGUAACCUGGCAGGACACCAAUGGGGCGGAAUACUACACCGCCACCAUGACGACAGGCAGCAACCAAUCGUAUCCCUGCAUGUCUCCCUCCAGCCGAUGCAGCUUUCCCGACUUGGCAUGUGGGCUGCUCUACUCCGUGUCUGUCUCCGCCUCCAACUCCCAGUGCAACUCCAGCACCACCGUGGGCGCCAGCCUCCAGUCAGGUGACCACGCUCACCCACCCCCCACCCCCCCUUCUAAUCCUGUUUUGGAAUUUGGAAUGUAG